UUGCUGCCCUGGCAUGCAGCUGUGCCCACCCGGGGUGUCACGGGUGCUUCCCGCCUGCCCACGCCGUCUGGGACAGCGUCAGCACUUAAUUCUCCUAUCCCCGUGGUUCCCUGUGUUGUUCUGGUGGCUUUUGGCUGUCCAAAGUUGGCUUUUCUGGCACUAAAUAACCGCGGCACAUCUUGCGCGCCGCGUGCUCUAGACUGGCCCGGGGUUUCUGGACGUGCGCGCCGUGCUCAGGCUGUUCUCCUGCUCGCCUCCCCGUGCCAGCGCUCUGCCGAGCGUGCCGCCGCUUGCUGUGCCUGGAAGGCCUGCGCAGGUUGGCCGCUUUAUUCCUGAGACCAGGCAGCGGCUUUUGCACAGGGUUACUGGCUCCUGGGAAGCUCAUGAAGUCGGUUAUAUAUCCAGGAGUUGAAGCUUUCUGUGGAAAACAGUGAAAUAUGGCAUUUUUCCUGAGGUGUGGUUUGAGUCUGUGAUGCUUCCCGUGCCCUCGGCAAAGCGGAUGGUUAUAGGCGAAUCGCUAACCCCAGCGAGGGAGGAUCUGCUGACGCCUGCCGUGGAGGAUGCCAUUAUCCCCUGCAAGGAAAUCCUCCAGAUGUACUGGGAGAAAGCAAAGAGCUUCGUGAACGCCCGGUGCGAUGGGCUCGAACCCUGGCAGCUGAUUGCACUGACGUUUGCUUCUACUCUUAUCAUCGUACGGCUGCACGGUUUCCUCUUCCAGGCCGAGAGUUUAACAUCCCGAACUAAAAAACAGUUCUUUAAACUCUUGAGGAAAAUGCCUUUUGUCGGGGCCAUAAUUCAAAAGAAGAUUGAUGAAGCCUUGAGUGACCUCACCUCCAGUCUGUCCUUCCUGAAGGAUGAAAAGGAUUAUAUCAAAGUGCUGCCGGAACAAGGCAUGAGCCAGUCCGAAGUGCUAGAGAAGAUGAAAGAGUACAGUUCAAAAGGAGACGUACGCUGGGAGGACGGGAAGGUCUCGGGGACCGUGUACAGCGGUGAAGAGAAACUCACCCGGCUGCUCGUGAAGGUGUACGAGGAGUUUGCCUGGAGUAACCCUCUCCAUCCGGAUAUAUUCCCAGGUUUGAGGAAGAUGGAGGCAGAAGUAGUGAGGAUAGCCUGUACGCUCUUCAACGGGGGCCCCAACUCCUGUGGUGUUAUGACGUCUGGGGGCACCGAGAGCAUUCUGAUGGCCUGCAAGGCGUACCGAGACCUGGCGUACGAGAGGGGCGUCAAACACCCAGAAAUGUUGGUCCCGAGGAGCGCUCAUGCAGCGUUCGACAAAGCAGCGCACUACUUUGGGCUCAAGAUCGUUCACAUCCCGUUGACCAAGAAUAUGGAAGUGGAUGUUCAGGCAAUGAGGAGAGCUAUUUCGAAGAACACAGCGAUGUUGGUCUGUUCUGCUCCCCAGUUCCCGCAUGGAAUUGUGGACCCCAUCGAAGAGGUGGCCAAGCUGGCUGUGGAGUACAAAAUCCCCUUCCACGUGGAUGCCUGCCUGGGUGGCUUUCUCAUUGCUUUCAUGGAGAAGGCAGGGUUCCCGCUAAAGCAUCCCUUUGAUUUCCGCGUGAAAGGUGUGACCAGCAUUUCUGCUGAUACCCACAAGUACGGCUACGCUCCCAAGGGUUCCUCCGUGGUGCUGUACAGCAACAAGAAGUACAGGAGCUACCAGUUCUUCGUCGCGCCCGACUGGCAAGGCGGCAUAUACGCCUCCCCCACCAUGGCGGGCUCCCGGCCUGGCGGGAUCAUCGCCGCGUGCUGGGCGACUCUGAUGCACAUGGGGGAAUCCGGCUACGUCGAGGCGACGAAGAGGAUCAUUAAAACGGCUCGUUUCCUCGAAUCGGAGUUGAGAAAAAUUGACGGCAUCUUCAUUUUUGGGAUACCUGAGGUGUCUGUCCUCUCCAUCGGUUCGGACACUUUUGACAUUUACCGAUUAUCUAAUUUGUUAGCUGCGAAAGGAUGGAACUUGAAUGUCCUGCAGUUCCCCCCAAGCAUUCACCUUUGCAUCACGCAGUUGCACACGAAGCCGGGUGUAGCCGAACAGUUCUUGAGAGACGUCAAAGACAGCGUUGAGGAGAUCAUGAAGGAUGUCAAUGCGGAGACCACGGGCAUGGGAGCCAUCUACGGAAUGGCGCAGUCCAUCCCGGACCGCAGCUUGAUAGCGGAGAUUUCUCAGGCGUACCUGGACGGUCUCUACAGCACGGAUGUUCCUUGCAGCGAGAAGCACAUGAACGGCUCUCCUGGCCACCGCUGACUGUGGUGCCGCAAUCGGCGCCUUUCCGGCUAGCACUGGGGUGGCCCUGAAGGGUUUCUGGGGAAGAGGUUGCAGUAAGCCUUAGGUCCUACAAGUGCAGGUCUGAUGGCAGCUUGGUCUUGGAAACCUCCUUCCCCACCUGUGUCUGCUCUGAAAUCUGCAUUAUUUUCGUGCCCAACUUUAAUUUUAGGGCUUUUCUUCCCUUCCCCCUGCCCGUUUUCAUCAGGAUUACUGAUGGUGAAAUGAAUGUCCAUUCCACGACUCCCGGUUCCUCAGGUAUUCUAAAUGUCACUUUGUUCCUCACUGUUUCUCCUCCUCAGACCUUGUAUUCGGCCAGUGUCCAGCCAAGGGAUAGAUUCUAGUUCUGACGUUGUGUUCCAAAGCUUCGGUCUUCCCAGAAGUUGAAGGUAGAAAAUAAAUUGAAAGUUUUGUUUUCUUCUGAGUAUUCCUCCAAGCUACUGCAUUUAACAAACCGUGCUAGGAGCCUUAAGUCUGUGGAAUGCAGGGUUGAUAAAUUGGCAAAGGAAAGAUGGUCAUGUACUCUUUAAAAUCCCCCCCGGAGAUCUCAGUGAGACUGCAAUCGAUAUCUGUUGGGGGGGAAAAAAACCAAUGCAAAAUCCUCUUCUGGAAUCUCCUGUUUGAAUAGCGACAGAAAUAGAAACCAAGGGGGUGGUGCAGGGAGAGGAACUGGAUGGUACUCAGAAUUGUAGGUACAUGGUAUCUAUUUUGCUUUCCUGCCUCUUGUAGAACACAUGCAUUUGCCACCUAGACUGCUGUUGUACCUUGCACAGUUCUGCAGGGAGGUGCAAAACAGCGAUUUCACUGUUUAUAACUUGAAGGUUUUGCACUAUCUCGCAAUGCUGUAGUCGAGUCAGUCGAGCCCUGGUGUGUGUCAUGGCUACGGACUUCGUAUGCAAACGUAUGGCACCAAAGUUGACUUUUUUCCUACCAUAAUCUUUUAGUAUGAAAAGGUGACUUUUGUAAUAGAAAGUAGCAAUCUCUGUCUGCUCUUUGCACUGAUUCUUUUAAGGCACGUUCUCAAAAGGGCAUUCACCUUUGUGCCUUGACGCUUCCCUGGCUUUUUGUGGGGCGCCAGGAAGAGUUUGAGGGUUCAGCUAUCGCCUGCAAUGUUUGCAGUCAUUUCCUUACGGUACUAUAUUGAAAAUAACCUCAAGGGCAGACUGGCCUCAGGUAAAGUAUGCUUGCCCGUAAGGUAGGAUAGUAGUUGUGUUGAGCCAAGUCCCUUCACAGUAUUUCAAAGAUGCUGGUGUAGUGCUGAAAGGCAGAUUGAUGGGAUGCAGUAGUUGGGGGUGUUUGAGCCUUGGGUGCAUGGCCCACCCUUCCUACUUUUCUCCACUAUUUUUACUAUGAGAGAGUUUUACCAGUGCAACUUGUGAGGCAACUGUGGCCUUAAGGACAAACUGGAAUCACUCGAGUUGUGGAACAGUGGUGGGGUUAUUCCUCCAGGGCUUUUCCAUGCGUUUCUCCCCGGCCUUUUGCGUGCUUUGGAGAGUGUGACCGGCUGAGCUGCGCAGGGGAGAGGAUUGCUGUGCGCCAGGACCGCGCGGUCCUGUGCGGGACCUCCGAGGGCAUCUCUCUGCGGUCCUGGGCUGGUUGGCCCUAAGCUGACCCUCGCUGGCUUAGCGUAGCUGAAGCACACACUUGCACAAUAACUAUACUGCAUGAAAGGGUUACUUAACCACUGCAAAAACAAGUGCAGCCUUGGGCCCAGUGUCUGUGGGGAGGAAUAUUUGCUUUUUAACAGGUUUGCUCUUCAGUGCUGUGAGACGCUGUAUUUUGGCCAUCUCCUGUCUCAUUAAACUGGUGACAGUGUGCGUGUCUCUGAGCCCUUUUGCAAGCAGUGCAUUUGAGUUGCCCGAUGCGCUCUUGAUGGUGUUACCAGCUCCGGUGGUCAGCGUUUGUGUUGGACCUAUUUAUUCUGUUAACAUCUUGCCAAUGGGACUAUUACCGCAUGUCUGGGAGUCUCCAGUAUCUGGCUACUGUGAUGGUUCUCUUUGAGCCCAGAUUUGGAAAACAAAGAAGGGAAGUACUCUGUGCUUUAAAAGAAGGGCCGGGGGACACAUUGGGGAAGGGGUGGGAGAAACACCCUCCCCUUCCCCACUUGUGUUCUCCUCCAAGGAAGUAGAUGGACCUAAUGGAUCAGUGCUCCAUUUCGCCUUUUUUGGAUGUAUUUGAAGAUGUUAUUUGUAAGUCAAUGUACUUCAUUCUGGGCUUCACCUAAUAGUAAUAUUUGUGGGUUUAAUUGUUUGAUGUGCAUUUGUUCUAUACUGUAAACGUAAUCUUCUUGUGGUCAGGAGAAGACCACUGUACUUUACUGGUGUGUAGUCUUGUUCAUCCUUGUCAUCUAAUAUGUACUCUGCAUCUCCUUUAUCAUGCCACAUGGUCUUAGAAAAAUUAUGCAAUUAAUGGGCUGUAUAGUUGUUUAAAAGAAAAAAAGGAGGAAUUUUGUGGACUGGAUUAUGCUCUGAAACUGGAUGGUACUUUAGGCCUGGAGGGAACUUCCCGACUGUUAAUUCCUGUAAGAUUUCUGGCUGGUUUGGUUUAGCAAGUGGGACAUUGAAGUUGUUCUUGGUACAAAGCGCUCCCAGGGGAGCUGGCUGCUCGUAGGUACCAGACUGAAGAAGAUCCAGUGGGAUGGACCAAGAAGAGAUGUCUGUCUUCAUGCCAUGGAUUUCAUCUGCACUUUUCUGAUGAUUUGCGGGGGAGGGAGGAGGGGUGGAAGGGUCAUGUACAACAUAAUAUCUUGCCCUUUAAAUACGCAUUGACCGUUUUUAAUAAACUCCUGGGACAAGAGUUCACCUGACGGCA